AUGUUAUUAUCAUUAUUAUUAUUAUCAUUAUUAUUAUUAUUAUUAUUAUUAUUGAGUCGAAGCAUCAGAAUGUUUUCAGUGUCAAGCUCCUGCAAGAUGACGGCCGCCUGCAUGAUGGCGAUGAUGAUGAUGAUGAUGAUGAUGAUGUCAGAGGUGACAGCGAUGCCAAAAGGAGCCAAACAUCAUCACCCGAGGGAGCACAAGGAUUCAUCCCUGGAAACCGUUCCGCUGCAGCUCGACUCCAACACGAUGGUUCCCUCCAAGAUCAUCAGACCGCUGGAGAACUCCUCCAUCUCCCCCUGGACGUACAAAGUGAGCCAUGACCCGUCUCUGCACCCCGCCAUGUUGUCGGAGGCUGUGUGUGUGUAUCGUGGCUGUCUGGAUAAAGAAGGUCUGGUGGAUGAGAGCCUGGAGUCUAAACCGAUCAUGCACCAGGUCAUGCUGCUGCGCCGGGUCCGAUCACCGGGAGAGACCAACUACCACUACCGCCUCGAGUCCCGCCUCAUCGCGGUGGGCUGCACGUGCGUCCGACCCAUCGUCCAGUACCAGUGA